ACUUGUCCAGAUAUCUAUUUAUUGUAUUUACCUGUCUACCGUAAAGUUUAUCUUAUAGUAAUAAUUGCAAAUUAAAAUGGCGAGUGAAGCAGUACUAAAGUAUUUAAUGGAUACAAAUAGGCCGUAUUCCUGCGCAGAUGUAACAGUUAACUUAAGAGGUGCCUACACAAAAAAUGCAAUUCAAAAAGCCCUCGACGCUCUAAGUGAAUCGGGUAAAAUAAAAUGUAAAUUGUAUGGAAAACAAAAAGUUUAUGCAGCUUUACAAUUAGAAAAUCUGGAAGAGAAUACUGACACAGAAGACUACGACACAAAAAUAAGCAGAGUUACGAAUAUAUUAAACGAAAAAAAGGGAGAACUGAAAAAAUCAGAAGCAUAUCUCAAAAAUCUAUUAUCUGCCCCCACAAAUGAUAUGACAAAAACUCAAAUUGAGGAUAUUAAAAUUAGCACAGAUAAACUAGAAAAAAAGCUAAACUAUUUACGUAGCACCACCGAAGUUAUAAGCGCUGGCGAAAAGAAAACUCUGUUAGGAGAACACGAGAAGUCCCUUAAAGAGUACAGAAAACGCAAAAGAAUCAGUUCCGAAAUGCUAGAAGCGGUGUUGGAGGGUUGUCCCAAAUCUAAGAAGAGUUUCAUUGAAGAGCUUUGCCUAGAAACCGACGAAAUGGUGAACUUUAAAUUGAAAACUGUUUAGUUUCAUUUAUUAUUCAAUUAUUCA